AGAUUCAAGAAAUCACAUUCCAGAUUUAACCAAACUGAUGAGUCACUUUUAGAUGUUCAAGAACCUGACCUUGAGGGAAAAUGUCUGCGCUGUGAGAGUGAGAACUCUGACGAAAAUUGGUGCGGUUCAUGCACAAAAGAUAUUGGUAUUUCACAAUUACCGGAUGAUCUAUUUGGUCACUUAAUUCGUCCAAAAAAUAUGAAAGAUAAAUCAGAAAAGCUUAAAGAUGAUGAAGUAGAAAAUAAUCUUUUUAAUAUAGUUACAUUAUCAUGGCCACUGUCUCGCGGAGUUAAAUCAUUUAUUGAAUAUAUUCCUAAAGAAAGAUUUCAAAAUAUAAAGCCUAAAUAUGUG